CUCUUGACGAGCGCGUAUCUACACGCUGAUGAGUGAUGCGAGUUUUAAGCACAUUUUCAGCUCAUUUUAAAGGAAAAGACAGUAGAAAUGUGUUUUAAAUAGUGAGUGAUAACAGAUAAAUUAGUGAUUGGUGCACUGAAAGUGAUUUUUCGUGCCUCUAUGAGGGACGUUACACUAAAAUGUGGAUUAACUGUACUAAGGAUUACCAAUGCUUUUGGAUUAUAACUACUAUCAUUGUUUUGGCCCUAGUACAAGAGACAACAGGUGUUAUUCUAUCGUGUUCACCUAGUCCAUGCAAAAAUGGUGGCACGUGUUUCUCACCUCCAAAAGAAGAUAGUUUUUGCAAUUGUACAUCGAAAUACGUAGGAGAAUACUGUCAAUAUCCGAACCCGUGUCAUGCGUCACGAGGCCCGCGCUGCGUAAAUGGCGGGUCGUGUCAGGUGCGCGUUUCGCCCGGUGAAGCGCCAUCGUUCACAUGUUUGUGUCCGCUCGGUUUUAGUGCGUCGUUGUGCGAAAUCAGAAUUGCCAAUUCUUGCGAUCAGAAACCGUGUCUGAACGGGGGUACGUGCUCGCUGAGGUCCUUGCAGUCUUAUCAGUGCACAUGCGCUCCCGGCUACACAGGAGAACAUUGCGAGAAAGAGGACCACUGUGCGUCGCAACCGUGUCGGAACGCCGCCGAAUGUAUUUCGGUCGGUGAAUCGUACAAAUGCACGUGCGCUCCUGGUUUUACAGGGGCGUCGUGCAGAGAAGACAAAGAUGAAUGUAAACAGAAGCCCUGUCGACAUGGAAAGUGUCAUAAUACCCAUGGAAGCUACACAUGUACCUGUAACGAGGGAUAUACGGGUCAAAAUUGCGAAAGUGAAUAUAUCCCUUGUGAACCUAGUCCUUGUCAGAAUGGAGGAGUAUGUCGACGAAGGGACAAACAUACCUACACCUGUGAUUGCCCUUUAGGUUUUCAAGGCACAAAUUGCGAAGAGAACAUCGACGAUUGUCCUGGCCACAAAUGUCAAAACGGUGGCGUUUGCUUGGACGGCAUCAAAUCCUACACUUGCAAAUGCCCACCCACUUAUUCAGGCCCAUAUUGUGAAAGAGACGUAGACGAAUGCUCCACCAGACCAUCUGUAUGUCAAAAUGGCGCCACUUGCACGAACAGCAUUGGCGGUUUUUCGUGUAUUUGCGUUAACGGCUGGACCGGCCCUGACUGCUCGGUUAACAUCGACGACUGCGCGGGAGCUGCUUGCUUUAACGGUGCCACGUGUAUCGAUAGAGUCGGAAGUUUCUACUGCCGUUGUACGCCAGGAAAGACAGGUCUUUUAUGUCAUUUGGACGAUGCUUGCACCAGCAAUCCAUGUCAUGCAGACGCCAUUUGUGAUACGAGUCCCAUAAAUGGGUCUUAUACUUGCAGUUGUGCUUCUGGAUAUAAAGGAAUCGACUGUUCAGAGGACAUAGAUGAAUGCGAACAAGGUUCUCCCUGCGAACACGACGGUAUAUGUGUGAAUACUCCAGGUAGUUUUGCAUGCAACUGCACCCAGGGAUUUACAGGACCACGAUGCGAGACAAAUGUCAACGAAUGCGAGUCUCAUCCUUGCCAUAACGACGGUUCAUGCCUUGAUGAUCCAGGAACUUUUAGAUGUGUUUGUAUGCCAGGUUUCACAGGCACUCAAUGCGAAAUUGACAUAGAUGAAUGCAAAGAUCGGCCUUGCUUGAAUGGAGGUAUAUGCCACGAUCUGAUCAACUCAUUCAAAUGCUCAUGCGCAACAGGCUUCACAGGUUCCCGCUGUCAAAUCAACAUCGACGACUGCGCUUCUAGCCCUUGUAGAAACGGAGGGGAAUGUCAUGAUGGGAUUGCAUCCUAUACGUGCGAAUGUCCUCCGGGAUUCACAGGAAUGUCCUGCGAAACUAACAUCAACGAUUGUCUGUCUUCGCCGUGCCAACAUGGAGAAUGUAUAGAUGGCGAGAAUUCUUUCACAUGCACCUGUCAUCCUGGAUAUGCCGGACCAUUGUGCCAACACCAAAUUAACGAAUGCGAAUCAAAUCCUUGCCAGUACGGUGGCUUAUGCCAAGAUUUAAUCAACAGUUAUCAGUGCCUCUGUAAACCCGGUACAUCAGGUCACAAUUGUGAAAUAAACGUCAACGAAUGUUACAGCAAUCCUUGCAGAAACGGCGCUAGAUGCUUAGAUGGAAUCAACAGCUACACUUGUGAAUGCAUCGCAGGUUUCACAGGCCGUCAUUGCGAAAACGAUAUAGACGAAUGUGCCUCUAAUCCAUGUGCCAACGGAGGCGUAUGCAUAGAUUUAGUCAACGGUUUCAGAUGCGAGUGUCCCAGAGGCUAUUUUGACGCAAGGUGUCUUAGCGAUGUAGACGAAUGCAAAUCGAAUCCUUGCAAACAUGGCGGAUCUUGUGAAGAUGGCGUCAACCAGUUCAUAUGCCAUUGUUUGCCCGGUUACGGCGGAAAGCAAUGUGAAAUCAACAUAGAUGAAUGCGCUUCAAAUCCUUGUCAACAUGGUGGUAAUUGCAGAGAUCUUUUGGCUUCUUAUAGUUGCGAAUGCUUACCUGGAUAUUCUGGAAUAAAUUGCGAAAAUAACAUCGACGAUUGCGCCGUCAACCCUUGCAAAAAUGGUGGCACUUGCAUCGAUUCAGUGAACGAUUUUAAAUGCGUUUGUGAAUUACCUUAUACCGGUCGAGAGUGUCAAGAUCGAUUAGAUCCUUGCCAGCCUAACUUAUGUCAACACAAUUCUAAAUGCACCCCAAGUUCCAACUUCUUGGAUUUCGCAUGUUCUUGUGGAGUAGGAUAUACAGGAAGAUUCUGUGAACAAGAUGUAGAUGAGUGUGUGGUAUCUAAACCUUGUAGAAAUGGAGCUACUUGUAGAAAUACAAAUGGCAGUUACAUGUGUAUGUGCAUGCGAGGAUAUGAAGGAAAGGACUGUUCAAUCAAUACUGAUGACUGCGCUUCAUCACCUUGUCAAAAUGGAGGUACUUGCUUAGAUGACUUGGGAGACUUUAUGUGUCUCUGCAUCAAUGGUUUUGAAGGUAAACAAUGUGAAAUCGAUAUAGACGAAUGCGCUUCCCAUCCUUGUCAAAAUGGCGCCACAUGCAACCAAUACGUCGAUUCGUAUACCUGCACUUGUCCAUUAGGAUUUUCUGGAAUCAACUGUCAAACCAACGACGAAGACUGCACAGAAAGUAGCUGCAUGUACGGCGGAACUUGUAUCGAUGGAAUAAACAGUUAUGUUUGUACCUGCAAACCAGGUUACACUGGAUCUAAUUGUCAAAAUAGAAUCAAUCUGUGUGACAGUUCUCCAUGUUCAAACGCCGCAACCUGUCAAGAUCACACUACUCAUUACACCUGCCAUUGCCCCUUCGGCUAUACUGGUAAAAACUGCGGAGAAUACGUCGACUGGUGCUCUACUAAUCCAUGCGAGAACCAUUCAACUUGCAGGCAAGUGAAAAAUAAGUAUUCCUGCUCAUGUGGACCUGGAUGGACUGGAAAAGUAUGCGACGUCGAAAUGGUUAGUUGUAAAGACGCGGCAACAAAGAAAGGAAUUCAUUGGAAAUAUCUUUGUAACAAUGGAACCUGCGAAACGAUCGGAAAUUCCCAUAGAUGUCACUGUAAAGGAGGCUACACGGGCUCUUACUGUCAAAAAGAAAUAAACGAAUGUGAAACAGCACCCUGUCAAAACGGAGCCACUUGUCAAGAUCUAAUCGGUUCUUUCAGUUGUGUUUGUCCAAAAGGUUUCCAAGGACAAAAUUGCGAACUCAACGUGGACGAUUGCCAACCAAAUCCAUGUCAAAAUGGCGGAACUUGUCACGAUUUAGUCGAUACAUUCCAAUGUUCUUGUCCACCUGGAACGCUAGGUUACAUUUGCGAAAUCAACAUCGACGAUUGUCGCUUGGAUUCUUGUCACAACAAUGGCACGUGUGUAGAUCGAGUUGGAGGUUUCGAAUGCAAAUGUCCUCCCGGUUUUGUAGGCCCGAGAUGCGAAGGAGACAUCAAUGAAUGCUUAUCAAAUCCCUGCUCCAACUUGGGAACCUUAGAUUGCGUGCAAUUGGUAAAUGAUUAUCAUUGCAAUUGCAAAACCGGGUACAUCGGACGACACUGUGAACGUAAAGUCGACGUUUGUGCCAACAACCCUUGCAAGAACGGCGGCAUAUGCAUACCAACUAACCUAGGUUAUAAUUGUACCUGUACAGAAGGCUUUUGCGGCAAAAACUGCGAUCUUAGCGGUUACGAUUGUGAUUCGGAACCUUGUAAAAAUGGAGGAAUCUGUAGAAUAUCCGAAAAUGGUUACUUCUGUGAAUGUCCACCGAGUACGACGGGUCCCAACUGCGAAAUUGAUCUCAUAAAUGAAUGCGACAGCAAUCCUUGUUUACAUCACGAAGCAAUUUGUCAAAAUAAAAUUGGAGACUAUAUAUGUUACUGUCCGCCAAAAUAUGUUGGUAAAAACUGCGAGAUCUAUGAUGGAAGCGCAUCAGCCGGAAUCGAUAAAGUCAUCAGAACCCCACAUGAUUUCAAUACUUUUUUCGCUAGGGAUCUGGAAAAACAACGACAACAAUGCAUUCGCAAUAAGUGUCCUAUCAAACGUGGCAAUAUGCGCUGCGACGAGGAAUGCAACACAUACGCUUGUGAUUUUGAUGGUAACGACUGUUCUCUUGGAAUAAACCCUUGGGCCAAUUGUACUGCGCCAACCAAAUGCUGGGAUGUUUUCAUGGAUGGAGUUUGCAACGAAGAUUGUAACAAUCCACAGUGUUUAUUCGACGGUAGAGAUUGCGAAAAGAAACUGCAAGCCUGUAACCCGACCUAUGAUGCUUAUUGCCAGAAACACUAUGCUAAUGGUUACUGUGAUUAUGGGUGUAACAACGCUGAAUGUAACUGGGAUGGACUAGAUUGCGAAAAAGAACAAGCUCCAGAAUUAGCAGAUGGAGUUAUAUCAAUGGUUAUUCUAAUGGAUAUGGAAGGUUUUAGAAACAAUUUAGUCGCUUUCCUUAGAGAUACAAGUCAUCAACUAAGAACCACGGUUAGGGUAAAGAAAGACCAACUAGAUAACGAUAUGAUUUAUCCUUGGAUAGGUUCUACUCCUACGAAUAACUUACAGGAUGAUUACUUCAAGAAAAAACACCACGUGGCGUUUUCUGAGCAAGCCCAAACUGGAGUGAAAGUAUUUUUAGAGAUCGAUAAUAGAAAAUGUAGUAGUUUGCCGGAAACUUCCGAUUAUUGCUUCCAAACUGCGAGUGCUGCUGCAGAAUUCUUAGCAGCUAAAGCAUCUAAACACACGCUUUCAUCUUCUUUUCCCAUAUACCAAGUUAACGGCUCUACUGGUAUGGACGAAGACGAUAACCCUCCGGCAAACGCAAAAUACGUCUUGAUUGGUAUUUUGAUGGUCAUCUUCCUUAGUGCUUUCAUCUUUGUUGUUAUCCAGACGCAACGUAAACGCGCAGCUGGUAUUACUUGGUUCCCAGAAGGAUUUUUACGCACUAACUCUGGUACCAGACGAAGAUCCCGUCGGCGCGGACCUGAAGGUCAGGAACUGAGGAAUUUGAGCAAAAAUCCUUCGAUACCUGGCUUGGAUAUUGAUCCCAGUGGUCACCAUGGUCAUGUACCGCAAUGGUCCGAUGAUGAAAGCGACAUACCACAGCCCAAACGAUUUAGAGGAAAUGAUAUUGGUUAUUCGAGUGACCAUACAGCUAUUACUGACUACGAAGAAGCAGAGCCCAGAUGGACCCAACAACACUUAGAAGCUGCUGAUAUUAGACCGUCUGCUAUGUUAACACCGCCGCAAGGCAACGACUUAGGAGACAUAAACGCCAGAGGACCCUGUGGUAUGACACCGAUUAUGGUUGCAGCUGUCAGAGGUGGUGGAAUGGAUACUGGAAUAGAUGAGGACGAUGAUGAUGGUGCUGGUCAGAUUAUCCAAGAUUUGGUGGCACAAGGAGCAGAACUUAACGCUACUAUGGAUAAAACAGGAGAAACAUCAUUGCACCUGGCCGCGAGAUAUGCCCGUGCUGAUGCCGCCAAACGUUUACUAGACGCAGGUGCUGACGCUAAUGCGCAAGACAAUACAGGAAGAACACCAUUACACGCAGCCGUCGCUGCUGACGCGGUGGGCGUUUUCCAAAUUCUUCUAAGGAACAGAGCUACGAAUUUGAAUGCAAGGAUGCACGAAGGAACAACUCCAUUAAUUUUAGCAGCCCGCUUAGCUAUAGAAGGAAUGGUGCAAGAUUUGAUAAGUGCCGAAGCUGAUAUUAAUGCAGCCGACAAUUCGGGAAAAACUGCCUUACACUGGGCGGCGGCUGUCAAUAAUGUUGAAGCUGUCAAUAUUUUACUUGCGCACGGAGCUAAUAGGGAUGCUCAAGAUGAUAAGGAUGAAACUCCUUUGUUCCUUGCAGCUCGUGAGGGCUCAUAUCAAGCAUGUAAGGCUCUUUUAGAAGCUUAUGCAAAUAGAGAAAUAACCGACCAUAUGGACAGACUGCCAAGAGAUGUUGCUGGCGAAAGGUUACAUCACGACAUUGUCCGGUUGUUGGACGAACAUGUACCUAGAAGCCCACAAAUGGUUAACGUUAUACCAAACAAUAGCGUUAUGACUUCUGCAAGUGGUCAUAUGCUACAACAGCCGACUGUCAUCAUUCCUAAAAGACAGAAAUCAAAAAGGCCCAGCAAAAACGUCGGCCCAACAAGCCCAGAAAACGAGGGUAUGUUCAAUACAGGAAGCAUGCGACGAAAACCUAGUGUCAAAAAAACGAACAAGAAAAAUGCGCAGCAACCAGAAGUCACGCAGAGUUUGGAUUCAGUAACUUCUACUUUGAGCCCCGUAGAAUCGCCAAUGACUAAUUUGCCCAGUCCAUACGAUGCGACAUCCUUGUAUUCAAAUAUGAAUCUAUCACAUGGAUUAGAAAGUCUUAUGGCUAAUAAACAACCUCCGAGUUAUGAAGACGUUGUUAAGAGCAACCUAGGCUUUACGUUGGAUAACAAUUAUGGUGCAUUUAACAUAUUUCACGACCCCAUAAUCAUGCAACAUCGCCAACUACAGGCAAAUACACUUAGUCCACCUUAUUCCAACCAAUCUCCGCCUCAUUCAGUUCAAUCCAACUUGUCUCUCUCCCCCCAAGGUUAUAACGGUUCACCGUCACCGGCAAAAUCGAGACCUUCUUUACCAACAAGUCCGACACAUCGUGCCGCCAUGAUGGCGGCGACGCACCAGCAUCAAAAACAAGGAGGAGUCCCUCAAGUCCAGAAUCUCCAAAUGGGUUUUGACUUUAGUCAAACGGGAUUGGAGUUGCCCUUGACUUACUCUGGUGUAGCGGGUACUGCUCAGGUUACGCUGCAACCCCAGCAAUUUCAACAGCACUAUUUAACUCCCCCCAGUCAACACACUGACCAUUUACUGCCUGAAAAUUUCCCUACGCCGAGUCCCGAAAGUCCGGGCCAUUGGUCGUCGAGUUCGCCGAGAUCUUGUAACUCUGAUUGGUCGGACAGUCCGACUACUUACGUAACGACUACGGGACAUCAGGCGAAUAAAGGCUCAGACGCUAUAUACAUUUAAAAAAAGGCCAAUGAGUUGUGAUCUUGUUAUAUUUUAGGUAGGUAUUAAUGCACAAAAAACUACGGGUUGCGCUCUUACAUUGGAAAAUUGAAGAGAAAUCGCACUAGUUUACCUUAAUGUUUUUAUUUUUUGAGGAAACUAAUUUUCUCUUCGUAAAAACCUUAAAAGAUUAAUUUAAACUUUAUUGUCUGUACUUGUGAUAUAUCAGAAUUUAUUAACAAAGAUCUGUGAAGGUGACACGAUAUUUUUAUCUUGGUAACAAUAUUUCUUAAUACAAGGUAUUUCAAAAUGUUUUGCCAAACUUUAUAGGUGUAGUAGAACGUUUGCUUAACGAGCCCAUACUCGAAGAACAUAAGUAUUAAGCACCUCUCAGAAGUAUUAAUUUUCAGAGAAAUUCACAUAAUGAAUUCAAAUUUUGUACGUCAUUGAGGGGCACUAAAACAUCCUUUUAAGAAAUAUUUGUUCGACAUUUUCGGUUUAUUUUUAUUUCUACUUUUUUUAUUCUAAGGUCAUAAACAUAUAUAAUUCUUUAUAUAGCCAAAUUAUAUCUUUAAAAAGUUAGCUAUAAGUCAUAUUAAGAUCUCUGAUUUACGUAAAAUUAUUUAAAUAGCUAUAUGCUUAUUUUCGAAAAAAAAGGGUGAAAUCGAUUCUUAACAAACUAGAGGGAUCGAACGAAAAUUUCUGAAACGGCUGUCUUAGUGCCUGCCUUAUAGUGCAUCAAUUUAUUAUGUGAACCGCUUAUUUCCAAAAACUUGAUUUUCAUGAACCAUUUUCUGAGGGUUGUAGAUCAUUUAAACAAUUUUUCGACAUGAUUCCAUUAAGUAACCUAUCUACUCGUAUCAUUACAAAAAAUAUUGCUGGACAAUUUUCAAACCCCUUGUAUAUUAUUAAUGUACUAUUGAUAUAUUUUUUUGAUCUAAAAAAUGUAAACAGUAAUUAAAAACUAGACGAAUUUUAGCUAAUAGUAUCUUGGAAUAGGAUCAAAUAAAUAUUAAACUUCAAUUUUAAGGAUGAUAAUUGGCGAUUUUCCAAUAAAAAAUAAUUGUAAUUAUUGUUCUAAACUCAUGAUGAAAACGUUACUUUGAAAUAAAUAAACGGAAAACCAUUUAUAAAACACAUAUCUUUGGAUACUUAAAUAUCACUAUACAGGGUGUAACAACAAUUUAAGUCCAUUUGGAACAUUUACGCCUCCUAGUAAUGUUUCGUAAAAUAACUUUAACAUUAAUAACUUUUUCAUAUUAACACCAUCUCUGGUACUCGUAUAGUUAAGUAUACUUGUAGGUAUAGGAUGGCCACUUUUUUAUUGCUCACUAUAUUAGGUUCUCUUAAACCGGAAGAUUUACACGGUUUUGUUAAAUAGAACAAAAUUUAUCUUCUAUAACAGAGAGACUAUAAAAAUUAACUUUGUAGACACAAAUAUCCAGA